AUGGAAAUAUGUAAGGAGGAAUAUGAUUUUUUAAGUAUUGAUACAAUAUUAAGUAAAUAUGAUUUAUAUAUGAAUCAUAUAAUAAAAAAUGAUGAAAUUAGGAAGAUUAUUGAUAAAUUUAUAUUUCAAUAUAAUUCAUUUGAUGAAUGCGAAAAAAAAUUAUUAUAUAUUAUAAAAAAUUUUGAAAAUCUUACCUUCAAAAAAUUUCAAAGAUAUUAUUUAUUUAUAACUAAUAUAAUAAAAGAAAUCUGUCAUACAGAAUUUAUUGCAAUAAUUUAUAAUGAAAUAUUACAAGAGAAAAAUAUCAAAGAAAAUACAUUUUAUAUUGAAAGAAAUAACUAUAAUUAUGAAAAUAAAAUAAAAGCAGAUGAACAAUUUAAAAGUACUUGUGAAUCUAUUUAUAAAAAGUAUAUUUUGGUAAUUAUUAAAAUUUUAUAUUUUUCUUCAAAUCUUUCUUACAACUAUCAUAAAAAUUUAAUAAAUUCAUUAUCUUAUAUUUGCAUAUUAAUAUCGAAAUAUGAUACAUUUAUAUUACAAAAUGAAAAAAUUUCUGAGUUUAUAUAUAGAAUAUUUUGGCAUUAUUAUUCUAAAAAUUUUAAUAUAAUUAAUGAAAGUUAUUUUUCUUUUGAAGAAGAUGAAAGUUCAUCUUCUUGUGAUGAAUUGUUUAAUAAUGAAAAUUAUCUUACUUAUAUUGCUAUAAAUAAUUCAAAUGAAAAAAAAGCUCCAAAUAAUGAGAAGUGUACCUCUAUAGAAAAGGAAAAUAUUGAAAAAAAAAAAAAAAAAAAGGAAAGAAAAGUUAUAGAAAAAAUUAAUGAAACAAAAAAAGAAAAAUGUUUAAGAAAUAAAAAAAGUUGUGAACAUAAAGAUAAUAAUAGUAUUAUCAUAAACAAGAAUGAGGAUGCUAGUGAAAAAUAUGAAAAGAAAAAUAUAAGUAAGCUAAAUGAUAAGGAAUAUAAAAAUAGAAAAAGUAAAAAUGAUAUAUAUGGGCUUAAAGCAAAUAUAAGUAGUAGUUUAGAUAAAUGUGAUAACUUAAUAAAAAAUGAAAACGGUGAAAAAGUAAAUAAAAAAUUGCCUAUUUAUGCAAAUGAUAAAAAAAGAAAAAAAAUGGAAAAAGGAAGUACACAUAGUGAAAAUAUAAAUAAUGAAAAAGAAUUAAUUAACAAAAAUGAAAUUAACAUAAAAAAAAGCUUGAAUGAAGAAAAAAAUAUUCAAGAUGAUGAAAUAUUAGAGAACGAAAAAAAAAAAAAAAGGGUAGAUAAAACGAAAUCAUUAAGUUUAAGUACUGAAGAAGAUUUAGACGAAAUAGAAAAGAAUGAUAUUAUCCCCAUUAAGUCAGAUAUAAAAGAUGAAAAUGUUUUGUUUGUAAAUGUAAUUUUAAAUAUAUAUAUUAAUUUAUUUAAUUUAAAAAAUAAAAAAAAGUUUUUAUUUUAUCAUGAUAAUGAAAAUAAAUAUAAAGAAUUCUUAUUAGAUAAUGUUGAAAUUAUUAUUAAUCAAAUAAAAAAUAUGAUAAAUAAAAUUAAAAAUAACUUAUGUGUAUCCUUAAUUUAUUUUUUAAAAUUAAUUUUUUUAAUCUUUUCUUUUCUAAAUAAUUUAGCUAAAAAUAAUUUCAAGAACAGUUACACAAAUGAAUCAAAUAAAAAUAAAGAAUUGGAUGGAAUGUAUAUGAAAAAUACAAAUAAUGAUUGUAAUUCAAAUAUAAAAUAUUUUCAGAAUACUUUUUUGAAUUCAAAUAAUUCUAAAUUUUCUUUAAUUAAUAAUAAGAAAGAAGCAUAUAUCGAAGACAACAAAAUAAAAAUAGAAAAUUUGAAUAAUCGAUAUUCAUUAAGCAAUGAAAAUAUUUUAAUUAAGAACAAUAUUUAUAAUAAUAGUAAUAAUAAUAAUAAUAAUAAUAAUAAUAAUAAUAAUAAUAAUAAUAAUAAUAAUAAUAAUAAUAAUAAUAAUUGUGAUAACAUUUUAAACAAUAUGAACAAUGAAAAUGCUUUAAAUAAUAAUAAUUAUGUUUUUAAUAACAAUAAUGUUUUUUUUAGUAAUACCAAUAAUACAUGUAAUAACAAUAUGACUUUUUAUAGCAAUAUAAAUAGUAGCGAUAAUUUUUAUAAUAAUAACAUAAAUUAUAAUAAUAAUAACAUAAAUUUUAGCAUUAAUAAUAAUAAUAAUAAUACUUUUAAUUAUAAUAUAAAUAAUAGCGAUAUUGUAUUUAAUAAUAAUAUAGACAAUAAUCUUUUUUAUAAUAGUAAUUUUUAUAAAAGCAGUAACAAUAAUAUUAAUAAAAAUAGUCAGAGUAAUAACUUAUUCAAUAGCAAUAAUUAUAUUUUUAAUAGUAGUAGCAUUUUUUACAAUAAUAAUAAUCUUAUUAAUAGUUAUAAUUCUAAUAACGAUAUAUAUAUAAAUAAAGAUAGAUGUGAAAAUGACAUAUGGAAAUAUAAAAAUAUGAUUUCAAGUUAUGAUAAUUUAAAUAAUAAAAAAAAAAGUAUUUAUGAAAUAAUGGUAGAUAUAUUGAAUAGAAUUUACAAUAAAAACUUUUUAGAAAUAUUAGAUACUUUAUUGAAAUGUGUAGAAAAUAUUUUUAAAGAUGAAAAUAUUAUUGUUGUUAAUAAAAUAUUUUUUUGUAUGUUGAAAAGCUUAGAAUAUACAAAUGAAAUAAAUAAAUAUAAAAUAUAUACAUUUAUCAUAGCUAAAAUUGAUAAAUUUAUUAAAAGUAAAAGAUAUGAAUAUAAUAACUCUACACUAAAUAAUUAUAAUUGCUAUUUUUUGUUAAAUUUUAUAUUUAAUUUAUUUAAAAAUAAUAAAAAAAAAAAAAAAAAUGUAUGGUAUAUUCUAUUUGAAAUACAUAUGAAUAAAAUUAAAAGAAGGAUGAAUAUAAAAAAUAAUAAUUUAAAAAAUGAUCUACAUAAUAAAAUAAAUAAUGAAUAUUUUAAAAAUAAAAAUAAAGAUUUCAAUAAUAAAAUUGUAAUUUCUACCUUAAUAAGAAACAACGAUAAGAUUCAACCAGAAACUCAUGAAGAUAUAAAAAGGAAUUGCUCAAAAGAAAAAGAAAAUGAUAUAAAGUUAAAUGAUACGAACAAUUUUUUACUAAACAAUAUUAUAAAUUUUUUACUGGAAUGUUGCAUCAGUAAGGGUUGUGUUAUUAGAUUUAUGAGCAUACGAAUAUUUUAUAUGAUGACUAAAUUAUUUUUAUUAUUCAUAAAAAAUAAAAUAUUUGAGUACGAAGAAGAAAUAUUAAAAAAUUACAUAAUAAAAUCAAUUUAUCAAAAUUUUUUUUUAUGCGUCUUUAAUAUUUUGAAAGAACCAGACACAAACAUAUAUAUCUAUGUUAAAUUUCGUAAUUUGUGUUUGAACUUAUUAUAUUUAUGUGCAAAAAUACUAUCAUCUAAUUUUCUUAAUGAAUUUUAUGAAAAAGUUAUUUAUAAUAAUAUCGUUUUGGUUGAUUUAUUUUAUAAAAAUAAGGAAUGUUAUCCAAGUGAAAAAGCUGAAUAUGAUAAAAAUUUAAAACAUAUAUGUAUGUUAUUUAUAAAAAAUUCUAAAGAUCUUUAUUUAUUUUCAUCAGUAGUGUUAUUUAAAAGAUGCAGAAAUACUGCUAAUUUCAAAAUUUUUAAGAUCAUUUUAAAAAUAUCAUUAGAUGAAAUUAAUAUAAUAUUAAAUAAUUUAAUUUUAAAAAAUAAGGAGCGUUUGAAUUUUGCAGAAAAUGAUAAUAAUAAUAAUAAAAAUUAUUAUAGCAUAAAUAUAAAUGAAUCUAAUAAUUUAAAAAAAAGAAAAGAAAAUAAUAAAAUUGAAAAACUUAGUGUUAAAAAUAUAAACAUAAAUGAUUUUUUUAGUAAGGAUUCACAAAUAAAACUUAUGUUAAAUAAUAAAAACGAAGAAGAAUUAAAGGAAGAAAUUUAUAAGAAUUUCUUUUUUAUAAAUGUUUUCUAUUUUUCAGAGUUAAAAGAGUUAAAUUCUUACAACAAUACAUAUAUUUAUUAUAUAUUUAAUUGUAUUUUUUGUUUCUUAAAUAUAUAUAUUAAUCGAUUUAUUUUUUUUUCAUCCUUUAUUAAAAGUGAACAUAAUAACCUAGAUAACUAUUUUUAUUCAGAUUCCUAUAAUAAUAGUGAAGAAAAAAAUAAUUUGAAUUCUAUAAAAAAUGUGAAAGAUUUUAUUUCAGAGUUAUUAUCUUUAUUAAGAAAUUAUUUUAUUAUUAUAACAAUAAUUGAGGAACAUUUAAUCAACAUAAACAUUGAACUAUUUCUAAAAAAGAAAACAAAAAAAAAGGAACUGUUAAAUUUAAAAAAUUUUAAAAAAUUAAUUAUACUUGAAUUACGAAGAUUUUAUUAUAUCUUUAUAAAAUUAUUAAAAGUACUAUUUUUAUUAAGUAAAGAAAAUGAUUAUACUAUAACUCCAUUUGAAUUCUUUUUUUUCAAAUUGAUACAGUCAUUGGAUAAUCAGUUAAUUGAUAUAUAUACAAAAAGAUAUAUUCUUAAAUUUUUAAAAUAUUUUACUUUUAAUGAAAAAUUUAAAGAUAUCAUAGUAAAUAAAAUUAAUGAUUUUCAUUCUAAAUUAAAAAGUAGAAAAAAAAAAAUUUCUGAUGCCUUUUUAAAAAAAGAUAAUAAAAAAAAUGAAUGUCAAAUCAAAAAAAAUGAUACUCACGAUAACGAAAGUAUACUUACAAAAAAUGAAGAUAUAAAAGUAGGUGAAACAAUUUCCUUAAAUGAUGAGCAUGCUUUAUUACACACAAUUGAAAAUGAUAAAAAAAAUAUUUAUAGAAAAAAAAAUAAUAAAAAAAACAAUGAUAAAAAUGAAAUUUCUAUAAAUAAAAAGGCUUUAAAAGAGGAAAAUGAUAAGAGUAACAAUGUAACGAAUAAAAAUGAAAAUAAUAAUUUUACAUGCUUUACAGAAAAUGAAAAAUGUUUAGAAAAAGAAAAAGAAAUGUGUAUUAAGAAUAAGGAAAAUUAUAUAAAUUUAGAUAAGAGAAACUGUAAUGAAGAAGGGCAUGAUAAAUGUAAUGAUUAUUUAGAUUUAAAAAAUAUAAAAAAAAAUAAGGUAAAUAAAAUAAAGAAUAAAAUAGAAAUAAAAACUAAUAAAUACCAUAAUAUAUGCAGUAAAAUAGACGAAAUGAAUAAGCAAAACUCUGAAAAAAAUGUAAUUAAUAAGAUAUCUGAAAACUUAUUAAAUUUAAAUAGAAUAUCUAAUGAUAACACUGAAAUGGCAACCGAAAAAAUUAAAUACUCAAAUAAAAGUAUAAAUAAAAAAGAAAAUAAUAUUAAUGAUACGAUAGAAAAUCAAUAUGAAAAAAAAAAAAAAAAUAAGAAAAGGGAUCAUGAUGAAAUUAUUAAAGUAGAAAAAAAAGAUACGGAUAAAAUAUUUAGAGAAGUUGAAGCAAAUGAAAUAACUGAAGAAAAAGAAAUGGUUGAGAAAGUGGUAGAUAUAAGUAAAAAUAUAAAAUUAAGAAAAAUAAAGGAAGAAAAAAAUUUAAAACAUAUAGGUGAAAAAGAUUCUUUUAAAAUUUCAUUAAAUUAUCAUAAAAUAAUAAAUGAAUUAGAUAAAUUAAACUUUAACAAAAAAUAUAACAUAAACAACUACAAAGAAUAUAAAUUAGAAAAAAUUUUUUACAAAGGUGUUGAACUGUUUUUAUUAAGUGUAUUCGUCUUUGAAAAAGAUAAAAAUUUAAAUGAUAUAGAUACUUUUAUAGAAAAUUAUGAUAAAAUAAAUGAAUUGAUUGACUUUUGCAAAAUGUUCAACAUAGAAAAAGGAUUAGAAAAAAUACUUAAAUAUUUAUUUUAUUAUUUAAAAGAAGUGAAAAAAAAAAACAUAUCUAAUAUGAUAAAACUAAUUAUAAAUUCAUUUUUGUACAUACCCCUCUAUAAAAAUUCGGAAAUACCCUUUCUUUUUAUAUCAUUUUGUUCUAUAUUCAUGAAUAACAAAAAUACAUAUAUAAAUAAAAUAAUUAUUCAUAACUUUUUGAUUAUUUGCUCUACUUAUGUAGAAAUAUUGAAAAAGAAAAAUUCUAACGUAAAAAAUAAUAUUUUAUUGAAAGAUAUUAACAAUGAAACUGAUAAAGAUGUAAAUAAAAUAGUAGGAGAUGAAUGUAAUGAACUUACUUUUUUCAAUUUAGAUGAUACUGUUAAAAAUAAUAUAAUUGAAGAUAUAAAAAGCAAUAAAAAAUAUAUAAUAAAUAGUGAAAAAAAUGAUGUAGAUAAUAAUAUAAAGAUAAGUGAUAAUCAAAAUAUUCAGAGAGAAAAUAAAAAGCAUUCUGAUAAAUCUUUAAGAAGAAAAAAAAUAAGUAAAACAAGUUUAAUUAUUGAAGACUUAAAAAAAAAAGAAGAGAAUAAGGAAUUAGAAAAUGUAAAUAAUAAUAAUAAUAAUUUGCAAAAUUAUAUAAUAAAUAAUGAGAAUAAAUUCUUAAAUCCGUUAAAUAUUUAUUCUAAUGAAUAUUCUAAAUUAGAAGAGUCAAUUUUACUUAAUAAGAGCAGAGAAAAAGACUUAGAAGAUAAUUUAUUUUUGCAUUUAAUUAACUUUUAUAUAAAUUUUUUGUGCUCUUUUUACUUUUAUUAUUUAACAUUUUAUGAAAAUAACUUUAUUAUACUCAAAAAUAUUAUAUUUAUAGGAAUAAAUAGAGUAUUACAAAAGAAAACAAAUAAAAAACUAUCGUGUUUUAUUUUAUCAUUAUUUUACAUAUUAAUUUGUCUUUUAUUAAAAGUAAAAACAAAAGAAGAAUUUAUACUAACUUUAAGUUACGAAAAAAUACACAGAAAAGAAGAUGGAAAAAAAAAAAUGUACAAAAAUUCAGAUCAAUUAAAUAAGAAUAAUAUAAAAAAAAAAAACAAAUUAAAUAUAAAAGAUAUGAAAACGUUUUUAGUCAAAUAUUUAAUUAAUUUAAUUGAUGAAAAUAAAUAUAAAAAUAUAGAUUUUAUUAAUAAGAAAAAAUUUAGUAAAAAUAUAAAAAAAAUUUUAAGUGUAAAAAGUUAUGAAGAUUUAGAAGAUUAUAAUUAUUACCCAUAUAAGUAUUAUAAAAAUAAAAUGGAUAAGAAUAUAGAUAAGAUGUUUCUCAUACAAAAAAAGAAAAAAAUUAUGAUAGUUUCUUCUUUUGAUACAAAAAAAAAUUUAAAAAAAUUAAACUAUUUUUCUAGUAAUUUUUUUAACAAAUUUAUAUAUACUCUGUUAUCAUCGUCACUGUUAUUUGAAAAAGAAAAUGAGUUAUUAAUAAAUGAUCAAUUUAAGAAAGAUAUAAAAGAUAAAAAUUAUUCAAAAUAUAAUUUAUUAGAUUAUAUUAUUUAUUGUUGUUUUUAUAUAAUAUUUUGUAAAAUUAAAUUAAUUAAAACAAUGAAAAUUUUUUAUAAAAUGAACGAAAAAUACAUCAAAAAAAAUUUUGAAAUAAUAAAAAUGAACUCAUAUAUAUAUAAUAAAAAAAAGUAUUCCUUACUACAAUUUCACUUAUGUAUUGAGAUUCUUAAUUUAAUAUUUAGUAAUAUUAAAUUUCUACCAUUUAGUUCAAUUAAGUUAAUUUUUGAUAUAUUUUUAAACAAAAUUUUUUUAUCAUUAAUUGUAGAUAAAAAGGAUAAAAAUAUAAACAAUUUUCAAAAUUUAUUUUACAACUUUUUUUUUGUUACUUUUUAUUCACAAACACAGAAAUUUAUAUUAUUGCCUCAUUUUAUUUAUCAAUAUCAAAGAACACUUCACCUUUUACAUUUAUUAUCUAAUUCAUCAGUUUGUAAAAAGAAAAAUUUUUUUAAUAAUUCUUUUGUUUUAGAAAUUAUAAAAAAUUGUUUUCCACAGACAGAUUUAAAUUUCAGUAACUCAUAUGAAAAUAAAAAGAGUGACGAGAAGAAAUUAACUGAAGCAUCUCAAAGAUUGUUAAGAAGUAAAAAAAAAAAUUUGAAUUAA